UUAGAGGAAGAGAACUUUGUUCUUUCACAGUGAGAUUUGUUUCUUAGUGUUUUUCAGAUCUUGAGCUCGAUGUUCACUUAUGUCCACUGAGACCCAGUAAAACAGUUUACUAUUGUUGGGCUAUCUGCAGAUCAUGUUACUGACAAUCUUUGCACUAUCUAUACUACUACACUGUUUCGGCUUUGGUUACUCUGAUGUUGAACAUGAAGCCACGUGCUAUGGGAGCAAUUUACGCUUACCGUCUGAUUAUACACCACGUUUAUUCAAAGGACAGAUGUAUUUCACUCCGAGUACAGGGGGACCCCGGAGGCUACUGAUGGAAAAUGGGCAGGUGAAGGACCCACGCCUGAAGGAUUCUGUCUUCUCACUUACUCUGAGAGAUGUGACAGAAAGAGAUGAAGGGACUUAUUCAGUCUCAUAUGAUAACGACAGACUGUAUAAUAUCCUCAGUGUGAACAUUCUAGAUUGUGCUGAAGAAGUGGAAAGGUCUUACAAGUCUAUGUAUUCUGGUCAUAUUCCUAGAGAGGCUGAAUUACUGGAGUUCAUUCCCAUCCUCAGAAAGGACCAGCCAAUGGUCCUGUGGAAUCGCACGGACCCUCAGACCCAUAAAGGAGGCAGGGUACUUGUGCAGCAUCGUGGCUGGGAGAUUACUAAACUCACUCAGGCAGACAACGGCUUCUACAAUGUUAGGAAAAAAGACAACACUUUAAUAUCUAGAAUAAAGCUUACAGUAACAGAGUACAACAGAUACUAUGAUGGUUAUGAUAUGAAGGAGAACGGGCAAUUACUCCGCAUCUUAUAUCCUGAUGGUUUUACCCCAUGGGACAUAACCUUCAGUCCUAAAGGGACCAAAACAAGGGUAACUUUGAUGGAAGCUGGCUAUCUGUAUGAAGACUUGUUUUCAGAAACUGUGAAUUUUGAUGGGAGAAUUGAGAAGGUGCAUAAUGGCCUAGAGAUUAAUCUUGUGGAAAGCACAGACUCUGGCGUCUUUGAGUUCAGAGACCAGGAGGGCAACCUGGCCCUUGUUGUGCAUUUGGAUAUAGAGGAUGAAUAUGCUCCUGUGUACGUUUAUGUUGCUAUAAUCGCUGGCAUUGUCCUUGUGAUUGUCUGCUGCUGCUGCUGCUGUAAGAAGUGCUGUUGUAAAAAGAGCUCUGCUAAAAGGGGGUCCACUCCUCAAACUGCAGCAGCACCUGCUGUGCAUUAUCAUGGUACAAAUCAACCAGCAGGCCCAAGUUACUCUGCUGCACCACUUGCACCAGCUUACUCUUACCAGCCUUUUAAUACUCUGGGAAACCAAGAACCAACUGCCUCCCCUGGGCCGCCGGUGUACAACCCAGUGGAUAUCCAUGUGAGCCCGACUCAGCCUGAGGUCUCAGUUCCAGGAGGGCAGGGAGCAGCUCCGGCUCAAUCAAUCGGCUCUGAUUUUCUGUCCUCAGACUCUGGGCCAACGUUUGAGCUGAAAGGAACGACCUUUCCCUCUGCUCCUCCCCUCAGCUCAGACUCAGCUUAUUGUGAUGUCUACACCUCAGACAAACUCAAUUUCCUGUAGGAUGCAAGCUGAAUGUUCAAGUGUUAAGGAAGUUGAAGUCAGCACAGUGCUUUGGACUAGUUGACACAGCCAUUUUAUUCCUUGACACAUGACCAAAUGUGUCAUCAUAUUCUCAGGGUGUAGGAUAUUGUCUUUCUUUCCAUGUGAAUACACACAUGCAGUGUAAUCUAACAAAUGUGUAGCCUGCAGACUAUUAUUAGCUUUGGGUUUUCUUGGGGGGGGAUUUUAAACCUUUAGUGGGCGGCUUACAUUGUAGAGACACACAAAUCAUUCAUAGUGUUUUAUCGGUGAACUCAUGUUAUCUUAAGUUGGUUGUAAGGCUGCAGUCUUAAUACCAAGACAUUUAUCAAUUUAGGUCUAUUCCUACAAAUGCCGUGUUUCAAGAAUUAACCGCUUUAUCAGUGUUUUUAUAAUAUAGAAUAUAUAAAUGAGUGUGCCAUUAAUAUAGGUUUUUAUUUAGAAUGUAUAAUGUACAAAUAUUAUUUGAUUUAGGCAUUUUCCUGCUGCCUACGAUAUCAAAGCCAGGAGAGAUUAUGAGUAAGGAUUGAAACUGAUUCAACACUCAUGGGGAACCACACAUUACACUCAGCAAUUUAAGUCAUGGUUGCUCAUUUUACUUAUCUAUAUCUAAUAUUUUAAUAUUGUUUCAAAGGUUCUUCAGGUUCAUAAUGUGUCUGUGGAUUUUUGAGAAAUGAUGUGUUCUUUUUUGUUUGCUUGUAAAAGUGUAAACUGUUUUAACUUUUCACACAUUUGUAUCUUGUGUAAGCGGGAGCUUUUUUCCCAUAAGUUUUUCUUGUGGCUUUGAGGUACUCCCUAAAUGUAAAAUUGUGAAAUGCUUGCAUAAAGAUGUGAGGAAGUUUUCUCCUUGACUUUUAAAGAUUGA